CUGUGACCAAAACCCGUCGGUUUCGUCAAAACCCGUCGGAAAUCGCGACUCAUUUUGCUGUGCUAUUUCGAUAGGCCCCUUGUCCUAUUUAGCAUGCAGAUGAUGGUUUCAUAUCUUGUCCCUCGUUUCACUUUCUCCCACAACAUCAAUGUCGAAAACUCCUCCUCCGGUCUAUGCUUCCUCUAGCGUCUCCACUGGAAUUCAGCUCGCCCGCGACGCAGAGCUUCUCAUCAACGACUUCUUACCUGACUCAAGGUCAUCUGCCGACUAUGCUGGACCUUCACAAGGCAUUCCACUACCUCUCUGUAUCCCACAAAUCGCCACUAAAUUCGAUUCUUCCUUCGCUCGUGGCUAUAAUGACGUCUUAGCCGAGGCUGUGGACAUCCCCCAGGCUGAGCUUCUGUCCUUUAUUGAUGGUCUGAAUCUUGCUAUGACAGCGAGCCCGCCUCUUCGUGUCGUGGAUACGGCGGGUAUGAUCAUUGGUCUCAUACCAUAUCACUGGACCAUAAUAGCUAGUGCUGCAAUGCAGACCGCCGCCCAGACAGGAAUGCGCGUCCUAUCAAAGUCCCUUACGGACCGUUAUCUGCGUGCAGCCAAUCAGCGCAUAUUCAAACCGCGAGGCCUCUCCGCUCGCUUGUGCACCACGAAUGCCAUGAUGAAGCUCAUCUCCGGCGAAGGCGGUGAAGCGCCCAAGAUAUCUAAAAUGAACAAAAUCGGUCGAACGGUGGGGACAGGCCUGCUCUAUCUCCCACUCCCUCUCGCCAGCCGUAUCGUGCGCCUCAUCGCUGAUAAGCCCGAAAAGAUUGCUCCUUCUGAGGGUUCUGAAAAGAAUCUCGUGCUCAAACGACGACUUCAACUCGUCGAGGGCCUGGCUCUUCCACUGCAGCUAGAUGACAUACCUCCCCCUCAGAAGCCGGAGGGCAUGAUGGAUAAGAUGAACGAUUAUGGAGUGAGGUUCGACAAGUAUAGGAACAAUAAGAAGGAGAAGAAAAACGAGACCCGUCGUAGGGAACUUGCCCGCUUAGAAUCAGGUGGCCCUGAUUUGAGCCGGAGAGAAAGGUUGCAGCGGAUGAGGAUUGAGCACAACAAGAGACGACCCGGUCUGAUAGGUAGCAUUACCGGGCCGAAGGAGACUAGACUAGAAACGCGAGUUGCGAAUGCUGACCUUCUCGAGCACUGGGGUACUGAGAAGAUUGUCUGGAUCGUCAUAAUGAACGAGGAGAAAGAUGGAGAAAUUGAAGGAGUUCAAAUCGCGGAUAGUCUUGACGAUGAGGAACGCAUCGAUGACAGGGUAUGGAAUGAUAUAAUGGUUUUGGAACGGGAGGAAUUGGACGAGGAACUGUUGAUGGAGGCAGAAACAAAGAAGAAUUAGAAAACAAAUACGAGACUUUUGGGGCUUAGUCUGACUGCUCGGUGAACAAGAUGGAGUUUCCACACUACCUUUGCAGAUGUGGUCUCUUGGCCAACGUUCCACGCUUCUGUAUGACAAUGUAAUGCAAUGCGAGUUAUCACAC